CUCCAGGGUGCAGGGACGGGACUGGGGGCCACCUGAAGCCAGGGCUGCUGGCCUCAUCACCACGGGCUUCACUCUUCUCUGUCCCCAAGAUUCCAGAGUUCCAGUGGAACACUGUCUCCUUGCGUGGAAGCGGGGAGCCAGGCCGGUGGGAGCCCGUCUUCUUCUAGAUGAGUUUUCGGUGAUUGGUGCCGUGCGGCGGGUGGAGGUGUGUGUGCCAGGCAGUGAGAGAGCAGCUGGUAACCGGCAGAGACCCCCUCAGAGCCUGGGUGUCCUGCUUGGGCCAGGCCUGUUUUACACGGCUCAGAUGACAGCAAGGAGGAUGGUGACGGUGAUUCCCUGUCCCCCAGCAGAUCGCAGGGCCAAAGUGAGGGAGACGCCGAGGUCAGCCGGGCGGCCGGAGGAGAGGCCUGGAGGAUGCCUGGUCGGAGAGACGCGGAGAGUGGGGGGCCCUGACGCCGCGCAUGGCUCCAGGAGGACGGGGGAAUAGAAACCCAGGGCUGGGAGCCCUGCAGACCCACAAGCCCAUCCGGCAGAAAUGGAGGAGCACACUUCAAAUCUUCCAGAAAGAGGCCCACUCGGUGUGCCUUGUUCCCAGCACCGGUCACCGAAAGCCCACCUGCUGUGAGUGCCAGGCCAAAUUCGGGGGCUGCCUGCCCGUGCCCGGGGCUGAGGCAGUGCUGCCUUACUGGGUCCCUCUGUCCCUGAGACCCCGAAAGCAGAUCCAAAAGAUGGCCCGGCUUCGCAGCCCCCCAUCCACCAAGGCCUGUCCCUGCCCAUGCCACCGCUUUGGGGGCUGCCUCCCAGUGCUGAGAGACCAGGCAGUGAUGCCCUACUGGGUGCCCCAGUGCCUGAGGACCCUGAGGAAGCCAGCUUUUUGGGGUUUGAAGUUGGGCUGUUCAGCUGCUCUCACGACCAUCAGCAGAAACGUCAGUCACAACCGAGAGCUUUACAGGAAGGCAUCAAACCGGGGCUGUGUGGUCGCCGCUGCUUCAUCAGAUAAUAUAAUUUCCACCCAAGAGUCCGUACAAAUUAUUCAUCAUUGGCCGAUUCUUACCUGUAGCAGAGGUGGUGAGGUGGCAGGUGAGAUUCCGUUUUGAUUGCAGCCAGUAAAUGUUAUUUAG